GAAGCUAGACUUGCCAAAAUAAAUUUACAACAGAAAUUAAAAAGCAGGUAAAAUCCGAAAACCCCAAAUCACCCCUUGCUAAGUAUGGAGAACGAACAGCAGAAUGACCUGAACCAGUGGCUAAAGGAGCAGCGCAUUAUCCUGGAUCUGAAAGCUCGUCGUUCAUUCUCCGAUGUCUUGCCGGUGGCAAAGAUUGUCAAGCGCAGUCAUCCUCGUCUGGUGGAUCUGCACAACUAUACGCCCAAGAGCAGCGUGGCCCUGAAACUCCAGAGCUGGCAGACCUUCAAUCAGAAGGUACUGAAGAAAUUGGGCAUCAAUUUGACACGUUCGGAGCUGGAGCAGCUGGCGUCAGCAGCGCCAGGAGCCAUAGAAUCACUGUUCCAUGAACUAAUCGCGGUGACCAAGUGCGCUAGUCCCAGACCAAGACCCCGUCUGAGUGUAUCGCCAACGAGCUCCCAAAAGAGCGUGGUGAUUAAAAAGUUGGCUAACAAGAAUUCUGUGGUACGCACUCUCAACCGAUCCCUCACCCAAGUGAUUGAGCGCUCCUGCUCGAUCGAUAGUCAACCCCAGGUGCUGACCAUGGACGUGAAUGUUGUGGUCAAUGGACAGAUGAAGAAGGUAUCCAAGAAAGUGGUCGAGUACGAACACUAUGCCAAUGCUAUUAGGGAGAGUGCCGAGAAGUCACGCUACAUCAAUUCCAUUGCCGAGAGGGCCAAUCACCUGGAGAACACAAUUGCCCUCAAGAAUGAACGUAUUGAUGUGCUACUCCAUCAAAUGGCCAAACUAUCCGUGAGCAUUCUAUCCAUGCCACACACCCUCAACGGGACCGAUGACGACACAGAGCUUCAAUCCCGGUCUGACAACGCCGCCGAACCCUGCUAUGAAUUCGGCACCUUUUAGCCAACGGAUGGAUUUGUCGGUUCUCCGAGGAUCCGGCGAGAUUAUAGCUCCUCUUUUGAUUCAAACCUGAUGUUAUUGGAUAUAUUUGUACUGUAUAUUUUGUAAUUUAUUUUAAACCCUUAAAUAAGUAUUUCUUUGGCCUCACUUUAAUAAACAAAAAUUGUUACGUCGUUCAAAAGG